UACAGGAUCUUGUUGGGCAUUUGCCACUGCUGCAGCAGUCGAAAGCCUUCACAAAAUCAAGAACGGCGUACUCUACGACCUAUCCCAACAACAACUCGUGGACUGUGCAUGGAAAACCUUGGGGUGUGGCGGAGGAUGGCCCCGCGACUCCUACAGUUACAUCAAGGACAAUGGCGGCCUCACGACCGCAGCAAAUUACCCGUACAAUGAAGUCGAUAACCCUUGUGACGUGAUGAAGGCAAAAGAAAUCGUAGCAAACAUUAGCGAUUUCGUGUCUGUGACCCCAAAAACCGAGGCAGCGCUGAUGGAAGCAGUUGCAAAACAACCUGUGACCGUGGUAAUCGAAGCCGAAUCGAAAACUUUUAUGUUUUACAAGUCAGGUGUGUACAAAGGACCGUGUGGAACAGAUCUGAACCAUGUUGUGGUUGCGGUUGGUUACGGACAGGUGCAUCAGUCUAGCAAGUAUUGGAUAUUGAAGAACUCAUGGGGGCCUUCAUGGGGUGAAGGUGGGUAUAUGAGGCUUGAGAAGGAUGUUGGUUUGCCUAAGGGAUUAUGUGUUGUUGCUGCGCUCCCAACUUAUCCAAUUCUGUGAAGCUUUAU